AUGGACUCCCCAAAGCGACCCCGGAACCGUGCCGCCUGCCGAAGGUGCCAGAGACGGAAAAUCCGCUGUGAUGGCGACCUUCCCCGAUGCGCGUCUUGCAGGAAGGCUAAUGUAGUCUGUGUGAACGACGGCAAGCAGGAGGUCAAUCGCACCUACAUCGCAAAUCUGCAGAAGCGGGUGCAGUGGUUAGAGUCACUGGUCAAGGAACAUGAUCCGACCAUUCGCCUUGAGGAAGGACCCCAAGUAGAUCCAUCAGAUAUUCCACAGCUCGAGCCAACAGAUGAAUGUACUCAACUCGAGUCUUCAAUUCUGGGGCCCACCCACACCGGCAGGUCCAUAACCCCCAGUCAUGAACAGCCAGGGCCAGCCGACACCCAACCAUCUCGGGCACAAUCCAGGCCGGCUCACGAAAUCGGCCUUGUAUCUCUUUCUACGGGUGAAGAGCCGAGAUAUAUCGGCCCUUCAAGUGGAUAUUUCCUAGCGAACCUCAUCUUUACCAGUGCUGGCCGACGAACGGGACCAUCGAAAAGCAGUGACAUCCCGAAACAACCAAUGUCAUUAUCGUCUGGGUUUUUCAACAGUCCAGCACCACUCCCAGGUCGCAAAGAAGACACAGUGGAACUUACAUCGAAGUACUUUGCAUCCGUCCAUCUCGUCUACCCGUUUUUACACCAACCGGCACAUAUGGCGAGACUCGAGAAAUUAUAUACCGAUCAAGCAACUCCGAAUGCGGUCGAUGCCUUCCACGUAUACAUGGUUCUAGCAAUAUCAGCCUCGGAUCUGUCAAGGCGCUUCAGAAUCCCUCUUCCCGCGGAGGGAUAUUAUACAGCAGCUACCCAGUACUUUGAACGCGCAUGUGCGGGAGGCUCUUUGGAAGGACUGCAGUGUUUACUCCUGCUGAUGGUCUAUGGACUCCACAAUCCCUCGUGCAACAUCAAUGUUUGGAGCCUAAACUAUCAAUGUCUGGGUGCUCUUAUUGACCUGGGCCUUCAACGAAAUGUUCGUGCUUCGCCCACAUUUCCUAUCUCUUUUCUAGAGCAGGAGAUGAGGACUAGGAUUUUCUGGGUAGUAUACAGCUUCGAUCGUACACUUGGUACCAUGAUGGGCCGGCCCAUCGGAGUGAGGGAUGAAGCGUGCGAGCUUCGACUCCCUUUGAAUAUCUCCGACGAGGAACUUUCCCGGUCAAGUGCCGGCGAUGAUGCACAGAGCGACUCAAUAUCUCAUAUGACAUACUCCAUUCAUCUAUUCAAGUUAGCCCGUAUCAACUCUGAGAUUAAGUAUGUCAUGCACAGCAUCUGCAGGGAUCCUCCACGAUAUGCCUACCCGCCAGUACCUGACAUCCAUGCAUGGCAAACGCAAAUCAUCGACCGUCUUCAGUCUUGGUUUACGGACAUUCCCCGCGCAGCUGGAAGCGAGGCCAUCACCAAAAUCUGCGAAACGAAGUUUCAUGAGAUGAUGCUCCUGGUUCUCAGGCCUAGCCCUGGAAUCCCAGAGCCGUCGGAGGAGAUGCUCGCGCGAUGCUUCCAACACGCCGUGGAUCUACUCCGCGGGCUUGGGGAGCUCUACCGACAGGAGGCUCUCCUAUACAGCCGACUCAUUGUUCACUCAAUUUUCCUGAGCACCCUGAUCAUGCUCCAUUGCUUGUGGAGACUGCCACACAUUGCCUCUGGAGUGCAGAUUGACGAAGUGGUGACUGAUACGAGCGUCAGUCUGAAUAUCCUAAGUAGCAUUGGGGAGUACUGGGCUGAAGCUAAGCGGGCUCGUGAUUGUAUACACGAGUUAUCCGGCGCAACUGUUCAGAAACUGAUCAAGAUGCGAAGCUUAGAAGCCACGUCGAGCUCAUCCAGGCAGGGUAAGAAUCGGCUGCAAACUGCGGAUGAAUCCGCAGAGCUGCCUCCUGUACCCCCUCAUGUGGACCCUAGUUUUGACAACGUGCCGGUCAAUCCCUUCAUGGACGAUUACGACCCUGCUACCGAUUCCAUGAGUUGGCUGCACGAUUCCAGCGCCGGUGGUUUCAUGGAUUUCAGUGGGGCUCCAGACUUUGACACUCUCAUGUGGGAGGUCUUUAAUGCUAAUCCAUAA